CUCGCCGCGCUGUGGUUCUGUGAUCGCCCACCCGAGCGUCGAGAGCUCUUCACCGGGACCGGGUCUCACACAGUGGGUCACCAUGGCAGCGGGAGUGGCGGCGUGGUUACCCUUCGCCCGGGCGGCUGCUAUAGGAUGGAUGCCGGUAGCCAGUGCGCCCAUGCCGACGCCUCCACCUGACAACCGGCGGAAGCAGGACGGGCUCAUCUUGCUCAAUGUCAGCGGACAGAAGUUCCAGACGUGGCGGAAUACAUUGGAGCGGUACCCGGACACUUUACUGGGCAGCACGGAGCGGGAAUUCUUCUUCCACGAGGAGACAAACGAAUACUUUUUCGACCGUGACCCGGAUAUUUUCAGACACAUUCUGAACUUCUAUCGUACCGGGAAGCUGCACUACCCGCGCCAGGAGUGCAUCUCGGCCUACGAUGAGGAGCUGGCCUUCUUUGGGAUCAUACCGGAGAUCAUAGGGGACUGUUGCUAUGAAGAGUACAAGGACCGGCGGCGGGAGAACCAGGAGAGAAUCCAGGAUGACGAGGACAGCGAGAACCAGAACGAUAUGGUCCCGCCGGAUAUGACAUUCCGAGAAACCAUGUGGCGGGCCUUCGAGAACCCCCACACGAGCACCAUGGCCCUGGUGUUUUAUUAUGUCACCGGCUUCUUCAUUGCUGUUUCCGUGAUGGCCAACGUGGUGGAGACUGUCCCGUGCGGGACUUUGCCAAAUCGGGUCAAACAGGUCUCGUGCGGGGAGCGGUACGCCUUGGCAUUUUUCUGUCUGGAUACGGCCUGCGUCAUGAUCUUCACCGUGGAGUACUUGCUGCGUCUAAUGGCGGCGCCCAGCCGCUGGAACUUCAUCAAGAGCGUGAUGAGUGUCAUCGAUGUGGUGGCCAUUAUGCCCUAUUACAUCGGCUUGGUCAUGACGGACAACGAGGACGUCAGCGGGGCCUUCGUCACCCUGAGGGUCUUCCGGGUUUUCAGGAUUUUCAAAUUCUCCCGCCACUCUGCGGGGCUGCGCAUCCUGGGCUACACGCUGAAGAGCUGCGCCUCGGAGCUGGGCUUCCUGCUCUUCUCCCUCACCAUGGCCAUCAUCAUCUUCGCCACUGUCAUGUUCUACGCCGAGAAGGGCUCCUCAGCCAGCAAGUUCACCAGCAUCCCGGCCGCCUUCUGGUACACCAUCGUCACGAUGACAACUCUGGGGUAG